AUGACGGACUGGUCGUCACAGCCGUCGAUCGCUGAUGCGGCGAGAUUGAUGGACUCGCUCGGUCUGGCGCAGGGAACAGAGACUAGUGUAUCGAGCGCCAUCAGCAGCAGGCAACCUGGUCCGCAACUGCUCGACGCUCGGCAUCCACCUCGAAGCCCUGCCUCGGAGGUAGGGUAUGAGAAGCACCAUGGGAAGCCGUACGACACUCGACGGUUCAACGCUACUGGUUCGGGCAUCGAGACUGCACCAGGGCCUGAUUUCUCGUCACUCUCAGCAUCACGUUGGAACAAAGACUCGACUCGGAUCCCAAGUCUUCCCGCCGAAAUCAUCUAUCAGAUAGCCACACAUCUAGUAUCCAGCUCCGACGUACCACUGCAUAGCAGCACCGAGAUGCGACCCGCAGCCUUCCCCUGCGAGCACUCCUUCCCGCCGCACACCUCACUCUUACCCAGCGGUUCGAAUCUUCACGCCCUCCUUUCGCUUUCUUCGUCCAAUCGAGCUUUCCGCAACACCCUCGUCCCCCUGGUCUGGCAUACGAUCGUCAUUCGGACUCCGCAACACCUUCCCCGCUUAGCAGCGCUGCUCAAGAGCUACGACACGCUCUCUGUCCGUUCCACCUCUCCUCAACGACAUCGCAAGUCUUCCAUCCCCAGCUCUGAUCUGCUGGCUGGUGGCCUACGCCAUCCUCUUCCUCACAUCAGAAGCAUCCACAUCUCUAUCCCCGACAAAUACAUGGAUCUAGAUCAGUCCUACCUCCUGACGCUUCUUCGAUCGAUGCAUCUUUCGCAAACGCAUCAGUUGGAUCACUUACACUGGUCGGCAGAAGCUGCCCCAAAUCCAGCUAUUUGGUCCGUACUAGCCCCGAGCUUGAGGAGCUUGGAGUUGGAUGGUAGGACGUUUUAUCAGGGUCAUAAGGGUAUGGAAGGGUUGGAGAGGUUGGAGAGUUUCAAGAUGGUAGGGUUUGAGAGCACGUUGUUGCCUAGUGGCGUGGUAGGGGUGUUUUGGAGGCAGAGGAGGGAUGAGGGUGGAAAGGGAGAAGACCAAGAAUUGAGAGAGGUUCCGGAAGGGGAGGAAGAGGAAGGGCGAAGGGGAAUUCCAGUGGUAGAGUUGCAGAGUGUGACUCCAGAAAGGAAGCGGCAAGCGAGACACCUAUAUCUCGAUCCAUCACCACCUCCCCCGCCAUCCGCCGGUCCUGAUCCUCACCCACCACACGCAGCUUCACCUUCGGCCACCCACACCCGUCUCAAACACCUCUCCCUCUGCACCUCCAAAACAUCCCUCUUCCACCAACAAUCCCUCCUCCGCUCCUCCGCCUUCCAGGGCCUCACCCACAUCGACAUCUACCCCAUCACCCCUCAACCUCCCCUCUCCCUCUCCCUCAUCUCCACCGCCUCAACGCUGACCCACCUUCGACUCGUGCUCGACAUUUCGGGCGCGUUCGCAAACUACGAUGCGCUGUGGAGCGAUCUCACGGGUCGAUUGCCGGAGUUGGUGUGGUUAGAGGUGGAUCCGAUGCCUCAACAGAACACAGCACCUAGCUUUGGGAGGUUUGUGGAGGAGGCAGGUAAGUUGAGGUGGAUCAAUGGGAAGGAGGUGGGCAGUUUUCCGCCGUGUUUCGGGGACUUUGAUCCGGGCAAGUCCAGUGGCGCACUGCCGUUCUGA